CGUAGGGGAAUGACGGGAUAGUAGGGAGGAGGCGGCGUCGUCCUCAGGCGUUGCGACGCCCGCAGACCCAGGAUCUAGCAGCUUCUGAACAACUCCAGGCGCAGAAGCCGUUCGCACAUCUUUUUUUGGUUUUUUCUAAAAGUCCGCAAAAAGAAAUCCAUCAACCAUGGACGCGAUCAAAAAGAAAAUGCAAGCUAUGAAGCUUGAAAAAGAUAAUGCUGCGGAUAAAGCGGACGCGAUGGAAGGCCAAUACAAGGAUGCCAAUGCCAGGGCGGAGAAGGUCAAUGAAGAAGUGCGCGAGUUGCAAAAGAAGCUCACUCAAGUUGAGCAAGACCUCGUAACCACCAAGAAUAACCUCGAACAAUCCAACAAGCUUCUUGAGGAUAAAGAGAAAGCUCUCACCAACGCUGAAUCUGAAGUCGCCGCUUUGAAUCGUAAAGUCCAACUUAUUGAGGAAGAUUUAGAGCGAUCUGAAGAACGUUUAACAACUGCCCAAACCAAACUUGCCGAAGCUUCCCAAGCUGCCGACGAAAGUACUCGUAUGUGCAAAGUAUUGGAAAAUCGUGCCCAACAAGAUGAAGAGCGCAUGGACCAACUCACCAACCAAUUAAAAGAGGCCCGUCUUCUCGCUGAAGAUGCCGACAACAAAUCCGAUGAAGUAUCUCGUAAGCUGGCCUUCGUUGAAGAUGAGUUAGAAGUCGCUGAGGAUCGUGUAAAAGGCGGUGAUGCCAAGAUCAUGGAAUUGGAGGAAGAGUUAAAGGUUGUAGGUAACUCUUUGAAAUCUUUGGAAGUAUCGGAAGAAAAAGCCAACCAAAGAGUUGAAGAAUUCAAGAAGCAAUUGAAGACGUUGACCGUUAAACUAAAGGAAGCUGAAGCUCGCGCUGAAUACGCUGAAAAGACGGUGAAGAAGUUGCAGAAGGAGGUUGAUAGGCUUGAAGAUGAAUUGGGUAUCAAUAAAGAUAGAUACAAGUCUUUGGCUGAUGAGAUGGACUCCACCUUCGCCGAAUUGGCCGGCUAUUAACCCAUUGAAACAUCUACACACUCUGUUAAGUUGAGUCAACACCAAAGAACACGCGGUUAUUAAUAACGAUAAUAAUAAAAUAAAAAAUUAUUAAUUAUUAUUUGAGGUAUAACGUUUCUGUGCUAUUUAAUUUAAUUGUACCUAUGAACAUAAUAAUAAAAGGUGAACUAUUUAUUUAAAAAAAAAUAAAAUUAAGAUACGUCAUCACACAAGGAGCAAACAAUGAGUUACAUUUCACUUAAUAUUAAAGAUCUAUUUUU